AUGCCACAUCCUCCAUUACCCACAUGCACUUCACACCCACAUCCCUUCCUCCGUACUGAACAUGGACUAACCUUUACCGGCUUGCAAACUACCACCUCUGUGUACUUUUCUGUUCACUGCACCAUGCCCUUGUUGUUGCGUCACGUACCACUUUCAUGCUUAUCUCCUUCCUUGUCUGCUUUGAUGCUAACUUCCUUUUGUUGGUUUUGUACUCAUAAUCUACUCAAUGACAAAAGCUUUCCAGUUUCAGGGCCCUCUGAAGAAGUCUAUAACAACGAACCCAUCAUUUUUGCAAUCCGAUGCGUUCCCUUCGUCACUUUGCUGCUAGCCGUGUGCAUUCUUAGCAGGAAAGAGACGAAUAAAGUUUCGAGAGCAGGUCCACGAACUGCACAAACGCAAGAGGUCAUCAUGGAGGAGGAGGAGGAGGAGGAGGAGGAGGAGAAUGAACCAAAAGAGCAACCAGCUGGACAGGAAAGAAAAGAAGACGAAAAGAAUAAAGAACUAGGAGAUGAAAGAAGUUUGGAAAAUGAGAUUGAAGUAAUGGCGGAGGACAAGGAUGUGAAAGAGAUGACUGAACAAACAGGACAUGGACGAGAAUUGGAAGUGGUGAACGAGUUAACAGGAUGAGAAAAAAAAAACGCAAAUGGACAAGUGCAAACAAGACUUUGUGAUUAGCAGAUUGUUGUGAAAUCGUACAAUGUUCUGCAAUAAUAGAGCAGUUGAGGGUGAAGGGCCUUGCUCAGGGGCCCAGCAGAAGCAAGUCAAACUGAAGUUUCUAAUCACAACCUUCUGAUCAACAUCUUAACCACUGAUCUCCCACUGCUGGAAUGCUAGAAAGAAUGAUUAUUUAAAACCAAGACCCUCAAUCUGAAGGAAAGCCAGAAACGAGGCAUUAGAAAACAAAAGAAAUGCACCCCAAAGAGGUCUCCUUUGCACCUGGUUGCAGUGUUACAUAGUCCCCUUAAAGAGUCAUCCAUCCCAGUGCCCCAGCAACCCAAACUCCAGUGCAACACUCUUUAGAGACAGAGGUCUCGGGUUGAAAGCGCAGUGGUACCACUUUACUUUCAGCCUGGGGCUGUACCUGUAUAGGGCCUCUUGAAUGUUCCUUGCACCUUUAUUGAAGUGGAAUGGGGUAACUUGGUGGUUAAGAUGUUGGCUUUCUGAUAGUAGGGAUGUUAGUUCAAAUCCCUGCAAAACUAAGUUGCCCCUCUGGGUUCUUUAGCAGGAGUUGCUCAAGUUGUGUUAAUAAAAUAAUUGUAAAUUAAGUCUUGAACGUGUUGUUUGUCGUCUCACCUCCUUCUACCUUCUCUUGUCUUGAUAACUCAAUGGACACUGGACUUCUAAUCAGAAGGUUACAAACCAGCACUUCCAAUGUGCCACUGCUGAACACGGCCUUCAUCCAUCAUCUGCUCAGCUGUAGAAAACGAGGGAAGUUAAUUUUUUCUGUAUAAAUGCAGAAAAUAAAUGUGAUGUAAAUGUCUUCACUGCUGUAUUAGUAUCAGGUCAGUGUGCAUCCAGUAGAACUUUUAAGUAUGUGGAAGCCCAGUGGUUAUGGCAUUGCACUCUGGAUCAGAAGUUCACAAGUUCAAAUCCCAGCACCACCAAACUCAUAU